GUGUCUCUAAUAUUUGGUUCGGACGUAGCAUCACCUGCCCGGUUCCAUCUGGCAGAACCCCCAGAACCGACCUUUUCCGGUUUCCGGUAGAAUACAAAGUUGAAAGAAGGCGUCCGUUCGAAACGAGGCGAUCGAGUGGAACAUUUACCCGUUGUACCGCCCCUUGGCAUACAAUGGCUGACUAAACCAGCUGGAUUACACCAUCGCUUAUGAAAAACGAGGCGAGAAUUGUGCAAACUAGUAGCCUACUAUGGCGAAGAAAAAUGCCGUGACCGGAAGCGGAAGUGAAAAGAUUCAGUGAUACGUACGAUAUUUUGUGUGGUUGCUUCGAUUGGUUCGACAAGUAGCGCCACUGACGGGCAGCGGAAGUGCGUGAGCAGGAAGGAGAAGAGUAGCAGCGAAGGAAGUGUGGAAUACAGUGUGCGGAAAAAAAGUGAAGUGUGCUGAAGAUUGUCCUAUCGGCAAAGGCAGUAUAAGGAUAAACCCGGAAGUGGUGUAGUAGAAACGUAAAUUGAAGGAGAGCCGAAAGAGUUACCAACUAGGAGAGGGUUGUUUGGAACCAAGUUCACGCAACCAUCAUGUCGGAGCACCAUCGUGGUGCUUGGGGAACUCGAGAGGACGCCGUAUGGUGGCCCGGGGGUAUCUCGUCUACUGAUCAGCAAACGAUUCAGCACCAUCAACAUCUUCUAAAUCAGCACCAUCAGCAGCAGCUGGCACAGCAACAGGCACAACUUCAGCACCAGGUUGCCGUGCAACAACAACAACAGCAGCAGCAGCAACAGCAACAACAACAGCAGCAACAGUCCCAGGCACACAAUAAUGAUAACGCCCGAAGCAAUAGUACAACGUCGACAUCCGCGACACAGCAGUUAUUCUCCUACAAAAUGGCAAACAGUUUUCAGAACCCAGUUACGACCAUGUCGGGUGUAACGGUGUCCACCUCAAAUUCUCCUUACGACUAUCGUCUAGGAAUGAGCACAGCGGGUGUUGUGUCAAGGCCUGGUGAUCCCCCAACGAUGGCCAGUACCGCACCUACGACUCAGUGGUGGUAUCCCGGUGGACAGAAUGCCCUCGAUAACUCCCUGCAGCAACAACAGCAGCAGCAGCAACAACAACAACAGCAACAGCAGCAACAACAGCAACAACAACAGCAGCAGCAACAACAACAGCAACAUCAGGUACAACAACAAAGCCAACAACAGAAUCAACAUCAAGCCCACAGUCAACAGACCCAGUCGAAUCAAACACACGUGCAGCAGACGCAGAACAAUGCGAUCCAGAGCAAAAUCGGCGGCAAUCGGCCCGUCAAGGACAAUAAACCAAGGGGGCGCAUGACAGCGUAUGCCUUUUUCGUACAAACCUGCCGCGAAGAGCACAAGAAGAAACACCCGGAGGAGCAAGUCAUAUUCGCGGAAUUCUCGCGAAAGUGCGCAGAACGGUGGAAGACGAUGCUGGAUAAGGAGAAACAGCGCUUCCACGAGAUGGCCGAGAAGGACAAGGCGCGGUACGAGCUGGAGAUGCAAAGUUACGUUCCACCGAAGGGCACAGUAGUCGGUCGCGGCAAGAAGCGAAAGGCCUUCAAGGACCCGAACGCACCGAAGCGGUCACUAUCGGCGUUCUUCUGGUUCUGCCACGACGAACGGAACAAGGUGAAGGCACUGAACCCCGAAUACGGUGUCGGUGAUAUUGCCAAGGAACUCGGCCGAAAGUGGUCCGACAUGGACGCCGAAGUUAAGUCCAAGUAUGAACAGAUGGCAGAGAAGGACAAGCAGCGGUACGAGGCGGAAAUGACCGAGUACAAGCUGAAGUGCAAAAACGAACAGCAGGGUGGCGGAACAGCGCUUAACCUCGGUGGGCUGCAGCAGGCCGGUCUCCAGAAUCUGCCCCAGCACGUGCAGCAGGCAGCCGCCGCUCAACUGCAGGCUCAGGUGCAGCAGCAGUUGGCAGCGCAGGCGGCAGCCGCAGCCGCUGCUGCCCACCACGCCAACGACGACGAUGACGAUGUCGAUGGGGACGAAGAUGAUGACGAGUAAAAUCAAGCUUUCGAUUUGUAUUAUAAAUAUUUUCUUACGAUGAUAUUAAGCAACCGGCAACAACAACAGCAGCAGCAGCAGCAACAGCAACAACAACAGCAACAGCAGCAUCAGCAGCUGCUACAACAACAACAACAACAGCAAUCUGAAGGAGGAGGUGGGCAGUCAGCUUUACUAGCCAGUUUGAUCAACCAUCGACAGCAACAGAAAAAGAAGCCACAGAAUACGGACGAUGGCGAAGUUGAGCAGGACAUGUCCGAUCCGCCUUCGGCUGCUGCACAGUAACUAAUACACGUUAAAACACACACAUAUGGACUAACGGACAAUCCUGGAAGUCUCCGGUAAAUGAUUGGAUCAACUCUCGUCCGGUCAUUCGCCGUACGUCGGGUGCUUCACACAUCACCCCACAGUUCGAGGAUUCCCGGGUGCUGUUUUUCCUAGAGCAAUAAUCCUUCCAUUAAACAGACAGAACCCCUUUGAAUUGUGGUCUGAACAGGUUGAAUUCCGGAAUAGUAGUAGGGCAAGUUAGGUUUGGUAUAUUUGGGGACGAACAAUUUGCUUCGUUUCUGCCGUUACCAAAUUAUACGCUCUUGUUUUUGUCUUAAAGAAAAAGCUAUAAAAACAUUUUCAAACGAAAAAUUCAACCAUCAAUACACACACACACGUACUCUCCAAUCGAGUAAUUUAUAUGAAUUGGAAUGACUUGCCAGCAAGCGUUCGAAUUAUACAAAAACAGAAUCAGAAUUCAAGUGAGUCACUAGUUCACAUAAAAAACAUACACAAACAAACAAGCACACACCGACAGAAAAGUUAAGGAAAUAUUUCUCAAUACAAAAUGGGAAAGGUUGAUAAUGUAAGCUAGAGGAUAGAAGGAAGAAAAAGAGAGAAAGAGAGUUAAGUAAAUCUACAACAAUUACUACAAAACACACACACGACAGUUGAAGGACGAAAUCUGAUCGUCCAUUUACUGCGUCGAAGGGAGUACAAGCGAUUCAGAGAGAGAGAGAAAGAGAGCAGUUAGUAGGACCGGAGAUGACGCGAGCGCACGUGUGUGGGCUUAUUUGUUUUAUAUUAAGCGAAGAGAACAAACUAAGCUUAUUAUUAUUUUCAUGAAUUCUAUACAAUGUCAUCCCCCGUCGUUCCACACACUAACACACACACACAUACAACCUCCCACAAAUCCACAUACUAUUUGUUGCUUAUUUUAGGAAGGAAGGAACCAUAAACUUUUGAAUGCGCUGAGAAUUACUAUUAAUUUUUCAUUCGAUAAUUUCUGUUUAUAUCAUCUAGCAAUGGGUGCAAUGUGAGAAAAACAAAAACAAAAAUAAUUUUCCGUCUCUUUUAUUUCUUCCCGUGCAUCGUCAUUUGGAUAGAAGCCAUUUUAUUUCAAUUCGAUCGCAGUAGGCUGGCUAUGCACCGCAACAACAAGAUUCGGGUAUCUGUCAAUUUUUUUCGUACUUCUGCUACCGAUAUUCGUGAAUUUAGGUACUCAUGUCGUUUUCGCGUGACAAUCCUGGAACUGACCCAGAAUGGUGUCUUCAAACAAACAACCCUCCCAAACCGGGGUUGGGUUUGCCCCAAACAGCGGUGGUUUGAACGAAUCCAAUAUAAGAAAGGUUCGAAACUGGCCCAAAUUUCAUUUCAUGUUAUGUCAAAUUCAAAACGUCAGUUGUGUACCAAGUCAACGGACAAUUUCGAGUACUAGUUUAAUCUCCGCACACCUUCAGUUGAUAAAUUCGAAAGAUUGCAGCGAAACUAGGCAUUUUUUUGCUAACGAAAACGUGUUUCUACAGUUGCGUCGUCUAUCCUCUCCGAUAGACGAUCUGCGUUUUCAUGUUCUGUUCCAUUCAUAACCUAUCUUUGGUGGAAAAUGAGAAAAUGAAUUGAUUGUGUGUGUGCGAAUGUGGAUCGCAACUGAGCACCGUUUAGAGAACCGGUUGAACAGAAAACAAAAAGUAAUGUACUAGAUUAGCGCCCAGAGAUUAGUUCAGUAGUUGGCAAAACUGAGGAAAAGCGUUCGAUUGUUUUAACAAGAUCAUUCAUUACAAGAAAGCACGGAAAAAUAUCUCAGUUGAGGUGGUUUUUUUCCAAGAAAAAAAAAGAUCAAGAUUUAAUUACUAGUUUCCUGAGACGAGAAAUCUCUUAAAAUAUAUUUUCUGACGAUUUAUUUUUUUCUCACUCAUAGAAAUUCCUUUAUUUUUUUUUAUUAACGAUUAAUGAUUAAAGUACAUUUAAGUUUGAUGUAGAAGAAUGCAUGCUAAACAAGUGUUAGAUUCGAGUAAGAAUCAGGCAGCGGACGAAUGAAGAUUUUUGCGUCCUGGAAGUGUGUGAUGUGUGCGUGAGAAAUGAAUUACCUACAAAAAAUAAGAAAUUAUUUAGCAGUAAGAAUGCAAGUGAGAAACAAUUCGGUUGAAAUAAUAUGAAAGAGACAAACAGCGAUGGAUUAGAAAAAAAACAUGGAACAUGAAGGACAAGAAUUGUGGGAGUAAAGAGACAGGAGAAAAAAGCAUUGAAUAAGAUACAAGUUUGAUCGUAAGUUAGCUAACACGGACACACUUAUCUCUCAAUGUAAAUAUUAAAAGAAAAAAAAAACAGUGAACAAGAAAAUCAUAAGGAAAAAUCUAGACAAAAAAACCUUACAUAUAGAAACCGCUCUCCAAUCCACUUCGAUUAGAUGCGGAGUGCGCAGGAGGAUCAUCUUAUUUGGAUAUAGAAAUCAGAGUUUGAUCGAAAAUGAAAAAAGAAAAAAAGUGAACAAAAAUAUACCUAUAAAUAAAGGAAAAACAUGCAUUAUAAACAAAUUAUUACAAACAAACAAAAAAAAAAAUGCAAGUAAAAAGGUAAAUAAUUAACAAGUAAGUUUUAGUGAAAAUAAACAGCCAGAUAAAAAUUGAAACAAAAGUAAAAAGGCGACGGCGAGAGAUGAAGGAUAAAAAUAGUGAAAACUCUUGAACUCUUGCACUCUAGACGGAACCAGCAACAAACAACAAACAAAACACGAAUUCACCUUCAUACGAAACAAGUAUUUGAAAAAGCAGAGAACCACAAACACACACACACACAACAUAAUACACAAAAACAGAUGAAAACACUGAACACUUGCAUGCAACCGACAAACCGGCGAACGGAAAAUACCGGUCCAGGAAAAAAAAGACGAGUCGGUUACGACGUUCCUCGUGCUGCGAGGAGGGUCGAACCCGAAAACAAGGUGGAAAUCCAGUAAUAAGUAAACAAAUAUUUAGUGAUCGGUAGAGAACUGAAGCAAAUUAACGUUAAAAGAAUACACAAAACUUUGAAGAAAAAAAAACAAUACAAUCGAAAGAGGAAAAUCGACAACAGAAGUAUAAACAAACAAACCAGGCAGAAGUUAUUCGAACACAAUACAUUCGACUGCGGAACAGAACAAACUACCUACACACAUACACACAACAGCAGAGAAGACAUUAAGCAAACACAUCUCGAUCCCCCUUCUUUUGUAUAUGUAAUACUGUACGUACGUUAAACACAUGUAAUUUUACUGAAGACAAAAUAAAAUGAAAUUAAUUGAAAAAAAAAAA